AUGCCAAUUAGCAUGUCCCCAUAUGCCCUAGUCUUCGGAAAAGCUUUUCAUUUGCCUCUCGAACUGGAGCAUAAGGCGAUGUGGGCAUGCAAGAAGCUGAACUGUGAUCUAGCAAGUGCGGGGAAAGUCCGGAAAUUGCAACUGAACCAGCUGGUCAAAUGGCGAUGGGACGCCUACGAAAAUGCCAAGAUAUAUAAGGAGAGAACUAAGAAGUGGCAUGACAACCGCAUAAACAACCGGACAUUCAUCGAAGGUAAGUUGAAAUCCCGCUGGUCUAGGCCAUUCCAGAUCAAGACUAUCUUUCCCCACGACGUAGUGGAACUGACAACUGAAGACAGAAACAAUGCAUUUAAAGUCAAUGGUCAAUGGAUUAAGCCUUAUUACGGGGGCGAUGUGGAUCGACACAUGGAUACCAUUGACUUAGGCAAGUAA